CUUGGAAAAGUCAAACUCGUGAAAGUGGCAAAAAUAUCAUAUAAACAACCAAAGGAAAUCUCACUCUAUCUUUUUGCAUUAUCGGUAAAUCAUGCCCUUCUAUUAAUUAAGUACCAUCAUCUAUAAAUAGCAAGAAAUUCAUCUCUUCUUCACUCCCCUGCCCAAUUCAACAAUGCUCUCUCACUAGCUCCCAAAACAUUAUUGAGAAAUAACUCCAAAAUUAAUGUCUUCAACUUCAAAACCCAUGAAGAAAGUGACCAAAAUAUUAGUUUCCGUGUCUCUUUUCUCCAUCAUAGUUUCUUGCAGCAAGCCAUGGCGUUUGCAACCCACCCUUUUCUCACUCCCAAUAACCCUUGACAAGAACUACAUAUUCCUCAUCUUCAACGGGAUCCUCGUACUCCUCGCCCGAACCUCUGGGGGCAUUAUCGGAAACUCGUACGCGAAAUUGCUCGACUCCUUGUCGCGCAAUGAAUUCGAUCGCUGCGACCAUCUUGAUGGUUCCACAAGUUUGAUCAUGAUGGUGAUGGGAGAAAAUGAUCAUGAAGAGUUGUUGGUCAUGGGAGAAUGUUGUAGGAGUGAUAGUAAUCACAUUGUGGAAGGAGUGGUUGAAAACACUCCGGUCUCAGAAGAGUUGUCCAGAGAUCAGAAUUGCGCGGGUGGUGACGAUGACGAGGAGCCUGCUGAAAGCGAUAACGUGAUUUUCAUAGAAGAAAGAGAAGUGGCUGAAGAGAGAGAGAGGUUAAACAAGUUAAGCGCGGAUGAGUUGAACAAGAAGUUUGAGGAAUUCAUUUGGAAGAUGAAGGAAGACAUUAGGAUUGGAGCACAAUCACAAUGCUUGACAUUGGUCACUUGUUGAGGACAAAAAAUGUAAGAACAAAAAAUAUUACCCAUAAAU